AGGCUCUUCUCCCCCACCUCUCAGUGAUCACCAGUAGUGCCAUUCCCCAAUCCACACCUCAACCGCCCAGCUUCCAUGGCUCGGAGCAACCCGGGGCUUCUCCUGGGGCUCCUGCUGCUGCGGCUCACCUGGUGCGUGGCCGUGGAUGGCGGAGGCGUGGAGGAAGGGGGCUUCGUGUUUCCGGUGGUGGUGAGCACCUGGCCGUUCCGGGAGGCGGUCAGGGCGGCGUGGGACGUGGUGAAAACCGGUGGCGCAGGGGGCUCGGCUGUGGAUGCUGUCGUCGCUGGCUGCUCCGCCUGCGAGGAGCUCCGCUGCGAUGGCACAGUUGGUCCAGGUGGAAGUCCAGAUGAGAACGGUGAAACUACCUUAGAUGCUCUUAUCAUGAAUGGGAAGACAAUGGAAAUUGGAGCUGUGGCUGCCAUGAGAUAUGUGAAGGAUGCAAUUAUGGCAGCAAAGUUGGUCAUGGAGCAUACCGGGCAUACUCUUCUUGUUGGAGAGAAGGCGACAUCCUUUGCAAUUUCAAUGGGUCUUGCAGGACCAACUGACCUGAGUUCACCAGAGUCAAUUGAGAAAUGGUCAAAUUGGAGACAGAAUAAUUGCCAACCUAACUUUUGGAAAAAUGUUGCUCCUGCUGGCAACUGUGGUCCAUACCAUCCUAUAAAUAUACCUAAGGACCCUGUUAAAAGUGCUGUAUGGGAGGAUCAAGGAAUCACCUGUCAGGAAUGGCUCCAAAAUGAUAAUUUACUAGAACCGACAAGCUCCCAUUUCAACUCUGUUAAUCGCCACAACCAUGACACAAUCUCUAUGGCCGUCAUUGACAAGAUGGGUCAUGUAGCAGUUGGCACAUCAACUAAUGGUGCUACGUUCAAAAUUCCAGGAAGGGUAGGUGAUGGACCAAUACCAGGAUCUUCUGCAUAUGGUGAUGACGAAGUUGGGGCUUGUGGAGCUACUGGUGAUGGUGAUAUUAUGAUGCGCUUCCUUCCGUGUUACCAAGUAGUGGAGAGCAUGCGACUUGGAAUGGAGCCUCGAGAUGCUGCCGUGGAUGCUAUAUCAAGAAUUGCUCGUAAGUACCCAGAUUUUGUUGGUGCUGUAUUUGCGAUUAACAAGAAAGGAGUGCAUGCCGGGGCAUGCCAUGGAUGGACCUUUCAGUAUUCUGUCAGGAAUUCCAGCAUGCAGGAUGUGGAGGUCAUCACAGUAACACCUUAACAUAGGCAGAUCCUUGUUAAAACAAAAAGGCUGAUUCGCCAAUAAGGUGUAUUCCUCUAUGUCAAGUCCUCUCCAUUCACUCCCAUGGUAAUGCAACAAUACCAUGGGGGGCUUGUUCUCGAGUCUUAUAUUGGACAGCAGUUUUCUAUUGAAACUGCCAUGUUAUAUAAUGGUAGUAGACUCAUUGAAUGCAUGCAUUGUAGACUUGUCGAGAAAAUGCUGGAAUUGCUUAUUGUCAACUUU